AUGGCAAGUGAAACAAGGAAGAAGGAGAUAAUCCUACCAAUAAACAUGGCUGGGACCAUCCAAGAUACUAAAUUUCAUGUCAUUAAAGGCGAUAUGAUAUAUAAUGCACUACUCAAGAGGCCAUGGAUCCACAACAUGAGGGAAGUACCGUCGACCCUUCACCAAAUGAUUAAAUUCCUGACAGUGGAUAGUAUGAAAACAGUUUACGGGGAACAACACGCUGCAACAGAAAUGUUUGUAGUUGAUGAGUUGACGCCGAUAUCUGCGCCCUCUACCUCAGAAAAAUCGAGCACCAAAGAUAAGCAGAUGGCCAAAUAG